AUGGAACCUCGUACGGCUAGCAGAGUGGCGAGGGGCGCCUGCGGCGGGGCCGCUCCGUUGCUCUUCUGGCUCUUCGUCCUCACGGUCGGAAUCUGCAUGUUUGCCCCAUCUCUGGUCGAUGGACUGCUGGAUCCCUUGUAUCAGCCCAAGAAAUACGCCUGGAGUCUGGGCGACGUUGACUACUUUCAUGAGCGGCUGAAGCAGGCCAACUUGACACUAGCCGAAGAGCCCGCCGCGUGCCAAAGCAUUCGUGAUCGUGACACCGUGCGGAGCUGGGCUGAGGCUUCAAGCUGCUGCGAGUGGUGCGAAGCCAAGCUGGGAAGCUACAGCGCAAUUUCCCUGGCAUUUUCUGUAGCCCAGCUUGCUGACGAGCGCAGCGAUGUUGUGCGCGCUGCCCAAACAUGCUGGAAAGCCACCCUUGGGAAGCUGGGCCGAGCCUGGAUCCCGCGCUGGGUGGACGUCUACAUCUACGCGACCGUUUACCGACUGCUGGGCCUUGCAGCAGCUGCAUGUACCAUCCUUUGUUUAGAACUCGCAGCUCAGCCCAGGGGCCCGGAAAGAGGCAGCCUCGGCCCAAACCCGCACCGCUGCUGUGCCCGGUCUGAGGGUGGCCCCUGUCCAGAAAGAGAGCUUGGCUUCCCCUGGUGUUGCGCUCGUUACUGCGACUGUGCAAAGCUACGGAGCGACCGACGAGCGUCGCAGUACAGGCUGCUGUUCUCGUUGGUUGGCACACUUACGGAGCCGUUGUUCGACAUUGUGUCCAUGCUUACCUUCCUGCGUAAUGGCAACCAAUAUUACUUGGUGUGCACUGCUUUUGGCUUCAUGGGCAGUGCCAGAUUCUCUGGCGAUCUGCUACAAUACCGCGGUGUCGUCGCUUGGUGGCAGUCCUGGCAGCGCGGCUUCGCCACCGAGGAGUUCGUCAAACACAAGGCCCACGAGCUAACUGAAACCGUCAUCUCCACAACCGUGCAAAUCUUCGCCCUGGGAACCUUGUCUUCCAAAGGCCCUGAGAGCGCCUUCAUCUUGCAGUUUGCAGGCUUUGCAUCUCUCAGCCUUGCAGUGAGUAUCCCGGAAAGCCUGGAAGCCCGGCUUUUGAUUCAUGGAAUUUGGUGUGACGUGCCAGACUUCCAGAACUUCUACGCGACCGCCCGGGCUCGGAGUAGCAUCCCCAGGAUGCGGAAGUUUGUCGGUUCCGCUGCAACCAUCACGACGGGCGCCGUCGCGCAGGCACUGACAAGGAGGUACUCCUGGAUAUUUGGGAAGCACCUGCUCCUGCGGAUGUUCGCGGCGGCCUUUACAGGGUACUCCUUGGUUUCUGUGUUCUUGACAACCCCUAGGAUGCUGAACCUCUCCAUAGUGCUGUACGGGCUCAUAAACGUCUGUGUGCUCGGCACGUAUGCGAUGGUCAUCGUGCCCUUGGUAAGAUGGCACCUGGGAUCUGAAAGCGACUGGUGGAGCAAGACAUGGUCCGAGGCGUGCGCCUGCAACGUGUCGGGCUUCCUUCAUGGACACCUCAGCUGCUGGUGGCGAGUAACAGAGCUCCUGGCAACCGUCGCCCAGGCGCUGAUCUUCUUCAUCAUCCCUGUACUAUUGGCCUGUCUUUCCAUUGGUGGCGUCUUUGGAAACUGGUGGAGGUGUGGUCAGGAGAUGGAGAGGUCUCACGAGAGCAGCACCUCCGGCAGUGAGGGAGAAGCGCUCGGCCUUCUAUCCAACCCUAAGGCUCUAAGCAUGUGA